AUAGGCCCACAAUGUUUACUUAUUAUGCUGGGUUAACAAUGGAUGUAUUUAAAUUAAUUUAGAGUCAAUUAAACCAGGGCUAACAGCAUCAAAUCAGAGACUAACCGAGUUUCAGAAAUUAUUAUUAUGUUUAAUGAAACUGAGAUUAAAUUUGCCUUUUAAAGGCCUGGGUUUUAGGUUCAAUAUUACAUGUGCAACUGCAUCUAUGAUAUUCCGAAAAGUCAUCAUACUAUUAGAGCACAUGUUUAAAAGACUAAUCUAUUGGCCAAAUAGGGAAGCUUUAAGAAGUACUAUGCCCCAAUCAUUUUUCAAUGUGUUUGGGAAUUUUGUUGCUGUAAUUUUAGACUGUUUUGAAAUUACAAUAGAGAAACCAUCUAACCUAAAAGCUAGGGCACAGUCCUGGUCUUCAUAUAAAAAUAAAAACACUGUUAAGUAUUUAAUUGCAAUAACACCUCAAGGAAGUAUUUCUUUUAUAUCUGAAGGUUGGGGUGGACGAACCAGUGAUAAAUAUAUAACUGAAAAUAGUAACUUGUUAAAUAAAUUACUUCCAGGUGAUGUUGUAUUAGCUGAUCGAGAAUUUACAAUAAGUGAAAGUGUAGGAUUUCACUGUGCAACUUUGAAAACUCCAGGGUUUACAAAGGGUCUACCUCAAUUACAUCCUUGUACAAUAGAAGAAACCAGAAAAAUUGCUUCUGUACGUAUACAUGUAGAACGAGUAAUUGGUUUCGCUCGUUCUAAAUUUAAAAUUCUCAAUGGUCCUGUUCAAAUAACUACCCUGAAAAACCAAGAUGAUAGAACAUGUCUUUUGGAUUCUAUUGUAAACGUUUGUUGUAUUUUGACAAAUAUGUGCAAUUCAGUUGUACCUUUAACUUGAAAUAAAGGCAUAAACAGUAAUAUUAUAAUAUAUUGUGUAAUUUCAUAAUUAGACAUAAAAAUUAGAACUAACUUAUUUUAUAUUUAAAUAAUUAGUUAUGAC